AGGGCGUUUGCGAAGAACUCGAGGAAGCACAGAAAAAUCUCCAGGGACUUGAAAAUGAGAUAGCUCAUAAUGCUGAUGUCUUGAAGGAGAAAAAGGAAAUGUUGGAAGUGCACAAGAAACUUAUUCAAAACUUUAGUAGAAUGCUUGAGGCGAAAGAAGAGGCGAGAUCACAACCCUUAAAGGUCGCUGCGACAUGGAUACAGUAACCAUGACUGAAUUGAAGCAAGUUUUGAAGGAGCAAGAAGAUCACAUCGACCAGUUAGAGGCGUGUAAUGGCGAUCUAAGGCUUGGCCGCGAUCAUGUCGAAAAGCGUUUGAAGGGCGUUCGCGAAGAACUCGAGGAAGCACAGAAAAAUCUCCAGGGACUUGAAAAUGAGAUAGCUCAUAAUGCUGAUGUCUUGAAGGAGAAAAAGGAAAUGUUGGAUGUGCACAAGAAACUUAUUCAAAACUUUAGUAGAAUGCUUGAGGCGAAAGAAGAGGCGAGAUCACAACCCUUAAAGGUCGCUGCGACAUGGAUACAGUAACCAUGACUGAAUUGAAGCAAGUUUUGAAGGAGCAAGAAGAUCACAUCGACCAGUUAGAGGCGUGUAAUGGCGAUCUAAGGCUUGGCCACGAUCAUGUGGAAAAGCGUUUGAAGGGCGUUUGCGAAGAACUCGAGGAAGCACAGAAAAAUCUCCAGGGACUUGAAAAUGAGAUAGCUCAUAAUGCUGAUGUCUUGAAGGAGAAAAAGGAAAUGUUGGAAGUGCACAAGAAACUUAUUCAAAACUUUAGUAGAAAGUUUCGCACAAUCUGCGCGAAGUGCUGGUUCACUGCUCUCGAAACUUCACUCGAACGAUGGGACUGUAUUUUGACAAUUGUAUUUAACACUUGAUAGGAUAUUUACAGUGGUUUGUGCACGAUUUAUGAUACGGAGUUCCAAACGUUGGUUCUUUGCGACACAAA